UGGAGUUGUUGUGAGGUGGGUGUUCGGCAGUGUUGCGUGUUGAUCAGCUGACCAGGCAGCGCUGGUGCGGUGUGGAAUGGAACUGUUUGUCUGUGGAAGACAGAGUUCCGAGUCUCUAGUGACGGCGACCCUCUCACGGAGCCGGUGCUGACACAUGUUCGGACCACCUCAGUGAACUCCUCAGACCCCCCUGCUAUGGCUGCCCGUGUCCUCCUUCCUGCACACAGCGCAUUUCAACUCUCAUUGUAACACUUCCUGCCUCUACUUCUCACUCCUUCCCUCCUGGCCUUCCUCUUUUGUCAUCGCUCCGUUUCUGGCUGACCGUCCCGUCGUCUCUCUGCAAAGAUGGACGAGCCGAUCGUGCCCAGUCUUAACUCCGCUUACAUCCCAGCUGCGCUCGCUAACCAUGCCGUGUCCGACGAAGAGGAGAGCGACGACCAAACUCCCUCUGCCAACCUCCUUCCCAAACAUUCCUCGGUGCCGCUGGCCGUGCGCUACAGCCCGACGGAUUCCUACUGCCUGGUCUACAUCAUCUUCUUCCUGAUGGGCAUCGGGUCGCUGCUGCCAUGGAACUUCUUCAUCACAGCCAAACACUACUGGAUGUACAAGCUCAGCAACCACUCAGAAGGAGGCGCUGAAGAGCAACGAUCUGAGCUCAGCGAUUACUUUGAAAGUUAUUUGGUCAUCGCCUCCACGAUCCCCUCCGUGCUGUCCCUGGUCCUCAACUAUCUCCUGGUGAACAGAUUGUCCUCAAACGUUCGGAUCCUGUCCACCCUGGUGCUGAUCCUGCUGGUGUUCGUGGUGACCACCGUCCUGGUGAAGGUGGACAUGUCCAGCUGCAGGGUAGAGUUCUUCGCCUGCACGCUGGUCAGCGUGGCAGUGGUCAGUGGCGCCUCCAACGUCUUCUGUGGCAGCGUUUUUGGCAUCAGCGGGCAUUUCCCCAUGAGGAUCUCUCAAGCUCUAAUAUCAGGUCAGGCCAUGGGAGGCACGCUGACCGCUGUGGCGUCCAUCAUUGACCUGGCUGCAGCAGAGGACGUGACGGACAGCGCCCUGGCCUACUUCCUGACAGCUGACGUGCUGAUCCUGCUCUGCAUCAUUGCUUACAUGCUGCUGCCCAAACUGGCUUAUUCACGACACUACAUGAUGGCUGCCUCAUCCUCCAGUGCUGCACGAAUGAGUGACCAAGGGUCAGCCGUGCGCUCCAUACCACCUCUGAAGCCCAUCCUGAGGAAGACGUGGGUCCUGGGUUUGAGCGUCUUCUACGUCUUCUGCAUCUCCAUCACGGUUUUCCCCGCCGUGUCCUCCGGGAUCCAGUCGGUGCACAAGGACAGCGGCAGCCUGCUCACCAGCACCUACUUUGUUCCGCUGACCAGCUUCCUGGUGUACAACUUUGCCGACUUCUGCGGUCGACAGGCCACUGCCUGGCUGCAGGUCCCUGGACCCACCAGCAGGGUCCUUCCUGCGCUGGUGCUCUGUCGGACAAUUCUCGUCCCGCUGAUCAUGUUCUGCAACUUCCAGCCUCGGGACCACCUCCACACCGUCUUUUUCCGCCAUGACGCCUUCCCAGUGGUCUUUAACUGCCUCCUGGGCCUCACCAACGGCUACCUCGGUACCCUACCCAUGAUCUACGGGCCCAAAGUGGUCCCGCGAGAGCUGGCCGAGGCCACCGGAGUAGUCAUGUCCUUCUUUCUGACUUUGGGACUCGCGGUCGGAUCCGCCCUCUCGGUUCUCAUCGUCCACUGUAUCUGACUGGUUACCAAGCACUAACCAAGUCGGCAGUGGAACUCUCUCAACCAGUCGGAUCUGUUGGUGUCAUGAGGGAAGUUCGUUUGAACCUAAAUGUUCAUACCUCAAACUGAUGUGUUACGUUAACACUGAUGUUUUCAUUAAUCUUUUACAUGUUUUUGAUACUAAAUAAACGUUUGUAAUCGAUUCGACAGCUUCAA